GAUUAUGAACUUGGUGGUGCGAGUGGCACACAGUAUGGGGAUUAUAGUGACAGCAGUAGGUUAGGGAGAUCAAAUCUUGGAUAUAGUGGCAGCCGGAGUUCCCUUUCUGGGCAAGAUUCUCAUGGAAUGUAUAGCAGUCGUCAGGGAGGCUAUGGCGGAGGCUCUUAUGGGGGCAGUGAUAUCAGUGGAAUGUAUUCAUCUGGCUAUGGUGGUGAUUACGUGUCUCGUGGCAGUGAUGCUGGUGGUAGCUCUUAUUCAUCAGCCUAUUCCAGUCGUGGCAUGGGUGGUAGUGGUUAUAUGGGUAGUGGUGGUUCUGGAUCUUAUUACUAAGUUGAAGAUGAGGAGCAUUCAGUCACCACAAGUUUGUUUAUGGUACAGAUUUGAGUUGGACAAAGAGACUACAGUUGGAUGUGUAUAUCCGGAAGCUCUAUGCAAUGAGAUCCCACUGGAAGAAGCUGAGUUAAUCUAUUAUUUGUAGCCUCAUUGUAUAAGUAGGGCAAGACUAUCUAAGUUUUAGGUUAUGUUGCUCCAGAGCAUGUUGGAUUCUACUGUGGGGAAAAGCGACAUCUGUUCCUUUCCUGCUGUAAGGAAACAUAAGCCUCUUUUAGAGUAAACACACACUGGUGUUUAAACAUGCAAUAUUUUGUUAUGGUAUCUCCAUGUAACAAUUUACUGGGUUAAUGGAGGAGGUAUGCUGCAUCAUUAUUUCAAGAGCAAAUGAUUCAUGAAAGUGCAAGUUACGAAUUAUCUGGUUAAGAUCCUCUGGGUGUAUUGCAUUGAGGAUCAUUAGGGUAGUUUCUGACAGUAUUCUAUCCAGUUUGAUAUUCUCCACACAAAGUUAAACCUUCUGGACUGCUAGGGAAUGCGUAGUGUCAAUAAAGAGAUUCGUUUAUGUUAUCAAAGUAUCCGGUAUUGUAUUUAACUUAAUGGAUUGACAAGCCUUCCAAAGUA